AUGAUCAAGGCGGGCGAUGAGGGCGUCUUCACUUCCUCAGUAUUCAACUGGAUAUCCCGCCGUCAGGCACAAGUCUCCUGGAGGCCACUGUAUGAAGCUGUCUUUCGAGAGAUUGAAUUCAAGAGGGAGUUCAACAGAAUUCAGCAAAAAGAAAUAUGGUGCUGCAAGAUGGGUCCUGAAUUGGAACGCUACGCAAGCCAUGCUGGUGUCGAUGUACGAAAGCGCAUAGCGACAGCCAAGCAACGCUCAGUGAAUGCAAUAGUAACUGGCCAAGCUAGCUUUCGAAAAUUCGUUGGAAUUCAUAAAAAAAAAAAAACUCGUCGGCAGAAGUUCCUUCCUUGGCUCCCCGGAGUUAAGAAAAAAGCGGAAGAUGGCGACGACCCUUUUCUAUUCGAUGUUCAUGAAGUUCAAAGACCCGAGUUUGACCGGCAGUUCAUGUAUCUGCCUUCGAAAGUCAGGACCGAAACCCUCCCACCGUAUAGGGCAACAUAUUCUCUUCCUAACGACGAAGAGAUCAACGCGCCCUGGGGUCAGCCAUUCAUUGUUUUGGUAAGCAGCGUCAGACCGCUGAAAUAUUUGCCAAGACCUUCCCAAAAAGCCAAUGGAAAUCGAUCUAAAGCUGUGACCUGCCCUGAUUCGCCGAAAGACAUUCAGCCUCUUUGGAUUGAUUGUAACAUACCGUGCAUUGAAGUUUCUGAAGAAGAAAUUGCGGCUCUGGCUCUCAUCCUUGGCAUCAGCUUAAAGUGCCCACAUUUUCUGGUACAAGGUAUCGGGGCAUUCAAUGUUGCAAUGAACUCAAGACUGUCUGGAUGUCUCACUAAAUACCGUCUCGUCUACUCCGGAGGCCCGGACCCCCGAUCCAAUGCUAAAGGUAGCGGAUAUUCGACGCUAUUCGCAAAGCAUCUUGCGUGUGGUUGUCUUCCGUUUGCGUGCGAUGACUCGGAUGUGCACACUAUCGCUAUUGACAACGUAAUUUGCCAGUCCAUCAAAAAUGGAAAGCCUAUUCUGGACAAAAAAUCCAAAUGGACAACAGCUAUGUACUAUCUUGACAAGUUGCCAGCAUCGAGAGGAAACAAUUUCUAUCACCAAAGUCAAUCUGGAGGAGACCCUGGUGACAUUAUCAGCUGGGAGAACAAAAUCGUCGGAAAAUGGUGGGAGGCGGUGGCUGGAAUUGCGUUUGGAGGACUGGUACCGUUUGCGACAAAAGCAAUGGCCGACGCCGUUAGCUUUUCAGUUGGCGAAUUCACAGGCAAUAGAGCAAGGGAGUACCUUAUGAGGCUUUUACUUGAAGUCGACAAGCAAUCUCACCCGGCCAUUCAAAAUAUGAGACUGUUUGGUUAUACCGCAAAACUAUCCCUAUGGAGGAAGUGGGCUGAUGGCAAGAUUGGUCUCACUUUUCAGCCUGAUCCCACUGACUAUACCACACGCAUAACAGUGGAAAGACUCGCUUCAUACUGUACGCUGCUUGAGCGUAUGAUGGCGUGUGCAUCCCAGAGCGGCCACGACCUCGCAAGUGACGUAUUUAGGUGUUGCUCAGCCCAGAUUGAACAGUCUUAUACCUGCGCUGUCGGCUUGCGAAAAAGCCAAAGUUCGACAACCGUUUCUACAAAAGGCAGCGAUGAUACGUCGAAAGUACCCACCAGCUUCUACCAAACUCAAUCGUCCAAAGGCCCACAGUAUCAGUCAACUAGCAUAGAGGACGAUUUGGAUCACAUCCUUCAAAAGAUCCGUGUACUCGAAUGGGCAAAUAUUGUACGAGAGGUUCAUUGGGAAGACAAUUUUGACGCCGGCUCAGACCCUAGCGAGCGGAAGAAUACCGCUGCCUACAAUCCUGUUUUAAUGUCAUACCUGCCCGAUACCUCGCUUUGGGAGUGA